GCCCAGCCAAUAGCAGUAGUCGUGAGGUCCGAGAGAAACUGUUUUGUAAACUGCCUUUAGGAACUUCUGUGAUCCGAUUCUUGAUAGUCGGGAAAUAUCAAUGAACAUAACAUGUCCAGUAGAACAAGAUUAAGCCAGGAGUUAUCAUUUCAAGCAUUGUCUUUGCGAUAUAGAACGAACUGGUUGGGUUGGCAGCGGUAGGCCUGUAUUAUUAGAAAGAAAAUCCACGUGUGAUACAUCAUUCAUACAUUUGGAGUGCGAGUAUUUGGACUGCGACAAAUUGUCAAAGACGUGGGUAAUUAGCGCGGGAAGCCGGGCUCGAUAGGGAGAUCCACUACAAGCACUAUUGACGGUUGACUCAGCUGACGGCGGACUCCAUGUGGUGAUGCAUUCGGUGUGGGAGCCUACCAUUCGUUCAGUGGGUUUGGUCAGCAGUCUGUGUGUGCGUGGUCGUUCAGGAAGCGUGAAGGAGGAGCGCCUCCUGCCUCAUCUCCAGUGAUGCUCAAGUCCGCCGGCCCGAACCAGAGGAGAUGCGACUUCGACAAGUCACUUACUUAUUCUCCCAAUAGACAGAAACACGUUCACGUCUUCCGUUGAAACUUCGUUUUCGACGGGGUUUUGGAUGUAUAGCCUGUAAUGGGCGCGAAAACAUGUGGAUAGUAACGGGUCGCCCAGCGGAUGAUGUGACAAGAUGAACGCAGAUCUUCAGAAUCCGCGUCAAGUCCAACGUCCUAAGAGCUGCAGUCACCUGACCAUCAAGGUCCAGUCCAGGCUGAUGUCAAGGUCACGGACUCCCAGCAGUGUCUCCAAACCUGCUGUGGCUCCAAAGCCCAGGCCCCUCUCUGAUUCCUACCUCCAUGGUUCUCGACCGAGCCUCAGCAACGGAGACCUAGCUCACUCUGACGGGGAGACUGACAGUCAAUGUGUUGCGGUUGUGAAGGAGCGGGAGGAAGAGGAGAGAUACAAAGCAGAGGAGACACAUAAUGGGGAGGGCAGAGAAAAGGACAUAGAAACUAGUGACAAUACUGCUGAAACAGAAAAUGGUGUCUCUUUGGACACAUUGAAAGGAGCUGAUGAAGCUUGUGAUACUACUGACAACGACAUCGCUGAAGACUUGAAUUCAACUGGAAUCUUUCGAGAUGACACAUUGCUGUCCACUGACAAUGCAGUGGACGACCGAACGUCAACACUGUCUUCUGCAAAAACUGAAACAGAUCUUGAAACAGAUGUUUCUGGGGAGGAGGAGGAUAAAGAUGCUACUACUGAACCUACUGAAAUGCUUUUGGGGCCCAGUGAAAUCCAGCAUGAAAAUAUAGGAGAAGACUGUAUCAAAGACAAGGACCAUGGACUUGUUGACAAGAACAAAAUAUCCAAUGGGGUCCUUUUGCAAUGUGAACCGUCUGAACCCACAGAUGGUAAUAUGUGUUCAUGUGACGGGGAGGUGAUAAGAUUCACAUUUGGCAGCAACUUGUGCGCACUUCCGACAGUUUGUGAGGAGACCCCUUAUGACCUUACUGGCCCCACAGAUUGUGAGGAGACCCCUUAUGACCUUACUGGCCCCACAGAUGACGGCAGUGACACGUGUGAAUCAUGUGACCUCACUGAGGCAAUCGAUUGGCAACCAGAGCGAGCCACUAAGGACCCCUCCGGGCGGUUCCGUUUUACCGCCAGCACUGAAGACAUGUUUGGGCCUUAUGCGGUCAUUGAAGCAUUGCCAGAUGACCUGUACAGCAUUGCUGACCCUGAUUGGGGUGAAGAUGACAUAGAUGAUGAAACACCAGAUCCACUGGAGACUGUUGCCGGUGAUUCUAACCAAGACCACCUCCCCCAUGUGUUGUCGGAUGUGGAUGUGGAAGAGUCAGAGGACCCAAAGGCACCAGGGGAUGAAGAAGUAAAGGGUGAUGGAGAGCAGCCAGUGAUCAGCCAAGACAGUGAUAAUGCAAAAGACACUGAGUCGGUUGAUGAGUAUGCAGACAUUGAGGAUUCACUUUGCCCCGAGGUUGAUGAUUCCCAGCAGUUGGAGUGCGUCUCCUCAGAGGAUUAUGUGGAGAUCGGUGAUGACGACGAAGAAGACGACAGGGAUAUGAAACCCAUUAAAGGAAAGAGUGUGAAGGAAAGGACAGCUAAGAGAGAGCAGAGAAACAGCUGCCAGCCGCGUCUCAGGUUGUGCAACAUCACAGUGCCAGUGGAUCUAGAGCUGGGCAGGACCCCUGAGCUCGCCAACAGAGUGGUCUUUGCCCACACCACUGAGGCCUUUGAAGAAGACAUAGAAGAACUCGAUUGCCACAUAGUGCCUUAUGAUGAUGAUACAGAGUCAGAUAGUGACGAGCACAUAUAUGAAGAGGCUGGCUUUGACUCAGAUGGAGAGAAUUUCAUAUCACUGGAUCGCAAAACCAUUGUAACGCGAUCCCGGUCCUACUCUGGAAAGGUUUCUAGUUUUGUUCCUGAGACGGUUCCGGAGGAGACGGGACCAGAAUAUCAGACUAAUGACUACUGCACCGUCGCCUUGGAUGUAAAUGGUGAACCUCUCAAUCAUCUCCCGGAACACCAAGAAGUAAACCGCCUCAUCCCAUCCCUGAAACCUCGGCGCUUCCUGUUAUACUCCCGUUCUGCAGAACUCUCACAAAUGUCUCUGGGUUCCCCCACAGACAUUGACCAAACCAUAAAGGACGGCGGAAGAAUGAAGAGUAUGGAUGAAACCAUGUCCCUCCCAUGUAUGAUAACUUCUUCUGGGAGCUUCUCUCAGCGUAGCCAUCAGUCGUCCAGUGGGGUCUCCACCCCAACGUCCAUGGUUGACAUCCCCCCACCCUUUGAGUUGGUGCACAUCGCCAAGAGACCCGUCACAAAGAGUUCACCCUCCCUUCUGAUUCAGCACGACACCACAGACAUGCCAAAGAAGAAGAAGUCUUCCUUCAAGCGCUUCCUGGCCCUCAAGUUUAGGAGGAAGACGGAGUCGAAGGGGUUCAUUGAUGGCAGCGUGCGCUCUUCGCGUUCUUCCUCGGAAUCAAGUCACCACGGCCCAGCGAGAGUCAUCGAGCUGGACCGCAGAAGCACCGGUAGUUCCCCUCAGCUCCAGACUGGUCUUCUGAAGCCCCAGCUGCGUUCAGACCUACCCUCUACCCUGAUCCUCUACAGCGAUCGCCAGAAGAGGAAAGGGGACCCCUUCGGCCGCGGCGUCUCACGGGUGGAGUCCUUUGAGGAGCGCUCUCGGCGGCCCCUCAUGCCCCUUCCUCUGACCAAGCCGCGCUCCAUCUCCUUUCCCAGCGCGGACACCUCGGACUACGAGAACAUCCCUGCCAUGAGCUCCGACUAUGAAAACAUCCAGAUCCCGGGCAGACCCAUCCGAUCGUUCACCGUCACCGAGUUCUUUGAGGACCCAAACCGCGCGACCAUGCCCAGCAAUGAGAAUGACGGCUAUGUGGAUAUGAACAGCUUCCCUGGCAUUGACAGCACACCUCACGUCCCUCAAGACGAGACUGAAAGUGCCUACACAGAGCCCUUCCCCAUGAGGCCUAUCUCCGCUAGCCUGUCCGCCGACGAAGACCACGGCCGAACGUCAGAGGAGGAAGAGGGUGGCAUGGAUCAAGGAUACGAUCGACAAAUUGAUGGGAGAUCCCGGGCCUUCUACGUUGCCAAAGAGCUGGUAGAAUCUGAGCGACUACAUGUCAACGCCCUGAAGCGUCUUCAGGAGGACUUCAGGAGGGUGGCGGAGGCGGCGGUGGGCGAGGAGGGAGAGCCGGUGAUAGAGCAGCAGAGGCUGGGGGAGAUCCUGGGCGUGCUCCCCAAGGUGUACAGCAUUCACAGCAGCAUGCUCACGGAGCUGGAGGAGCGCAUCAGCCAGUGGGAGGAGAGCCAGCGGGUGGUGGACGUCAUCCUGUCGCGGCGCGAUGACUUCGGGGUGUUUGACGCGUACAUCUCAGAGUACGACCGCAGCAUGUCCUUACUGGAGGAGAGCAACCGGAACAACCCGGCCUUCGCUGCUGUUGUCAAGAAGUUUGAGACUGAAAGCCAAGAAGGAGGAGAGGUGCCGUUAAGACACCAGCUCCUGCAGGUUAUCGUCAGAGUGCUGCAGUACCGCAUGCUCCUCACAGACUACCUGAACAACCUGUCCCCUGAUUCUAAAGAAUACGAGGACACACAAGCUGCCUUGGUGAUCGUGUCUGAAGUAGCCGACCAGGCCAGUGACAGUCUGAAACAUGGGGAGAACCUCCUGAGGCUGGUCCACAUCGAGUACAGUGUCCGAGGCAAGCGGGACCUGCUGAAGGCUGGCCGGGUCUUUGUCAAAGAGGGCACCCUCAUGAAAGUGUCCAGGAAAUGCCGGCAGCCCAGACACCUGUUUCUGAUGAACGACAUGAUGCUCUACACCUACCCACAGCAGGACGGGAAAUACAGGCUGAAGAACACCCUCUCUCUCUCUGGGAUGAAGGUGAGCAAGCCCGUCCUGGACCAGGUCCUCAACUGUCUCCGCAUCGAGGUCUCGGACAUCACCAUCAUCCUGUCCGCCAGCUCUGUGGGCGAGAGAGAGGACUGGUUCCACACCUUGAGCAGAGCCAUUGCCGACAAUGCAGCAGGACUCUGUACGUUUGGUGGACCCUGCAGUGAGGCCCGUGAGAAGCUGUGGAUGGCCCUGGGCGAGGCGGCUCCGGUGCUGGUGCCCGUGUCCCACGUGAUGAUGUGCAUGAACUGCACCUCCGACUUCAGCCUGACGCUCAGACGGCACCACUGCAACGCCUGUGGGAAGGUGGUGUGUCGCUCUUGUUCCAGGAACAGAUACCCACUGAAGUACCUCAAAGACCGGGUGGCUAAAGUGUGUGACCACUGCUAUGCCGAGCUCCGGAAAAGAGGGGGCAGUGUGUCCGGGGCAUGUGGUAACGCCAGCCCUCACACCCAGCGGGUCAGCCGACCCCUCUCUGCUGUGUUCCAGAGCCUGCAGCCCCCCAAUCUGUGGAGGAGCAGGAAGAGUAGCUCCACCCUCAGCCAGGUGUCUCUGGGGGCCGAGGGCUCUACGAUGAGUGGCAGCCUGCAGCGCAGGAAGAAGAGCAAGCGGAAGUGGAAGAGGCUGUGGUUCCUCCUGAAAGACAAGGUGCUCUACACCUUCACAAGUCCGGAGGACAAAGUGGCAUCCGAGAGUCUGCCACUGCAGGGCCUCACGGUCAAGCUGCCCACGAGGCCGGAGGAAGGAGGGGGCAGCAGCGUCUUCCAGCUGUACCACAAGAAGACACUGUACUACUCCUUCAGAGCAGAGGACCAAAACUCAGCACACAGGUGGGUCAACGCCAUCGAGGAGGCCACCAUUUUAUAGCACCGUCCAGCCAACACAUGUCCUGCUGCCCCGAGACUGCCCCGACACAGCCCCCCCCCCCCCCCCCCCCCCCCCCCCCCCACAACACAGCUACCUGCACCCCCUGACACCCACCUUGACGCGAGGACGUAUCCGACAGUUCUAUGGCAGGGCAACCAUCCAUCUGAGCCUUGUUUACCAUCCUGUCGUCUGGUUAUUCUGAACAGGCUUUGAGGAUCUCAGCCUCGGGGCGGAACUGCCGCAUCACCAGUUGAUUCACACAAACUGGGAUUUGCCUGGAAUCCUUUUCCUUCCCUUGGCAUUAACAACGGCAGGACCUUGACAAGAGCAGCUUCAAAACAUCAGAUUGGGUGCUGACAGUGUCACUGCUAUUUCGGCAUUGAAGCAUACAUGCUUCACUGGGUUGGCGAGCUACGCUUCUAACUCAGCAGGAAACAUCUCGGCACAGUUAAUUUGUGUCUUCUGACUGAUUGCGCUCCUUUUGAUACAGCACAAAUGCAAAUCGAUUGGACAAGUGUGUUCCAUUUUCAUAAUUAAAGGAAAAGUGGAAUUGAAUUGCAUUUUAAUAUAUGACAAAGAUUUUUGGUAUUUUGAAUACAUAUUGUGAAGUAUAAAAUGCAGAUAUUAAAGUGCAUUAUAUGACGUACAUGUACAGAAAUACAUUCUGUAUAAGGGGCCUAUCAUUAGAGUGUGUACAUUAAGCUUCUUGUGUUGUUUUACUACCAGUAUUACUAUAUUAUGCAGUGUUGCUCUCGUGUCCAGACUAUUGGAGGUUCUCCAGCAUGCGAUUUGAUUAAAUAUAUUUUAUUUCUAUUCAGAUAGAACUGAUAGAUAUGUGGUUCAAUGUGAAGGUUUUUAGAACUUGUGCUCCUACAAUUUCAAAGUGCCAAUUUACUACUUAAAUGAAUGCAUAUCAUUUGCCAGGGUAGCAACAAAUGUGCCUGAUAUAAUAUUGUACUAAUUAAUCUGUCCACCAUCUAAGUACUGUAAUGCUAUGAUUUCCUUAAAGGGACCUCAAUAACAUUGGCUUUUUAAGCUUUCAUUACAUGUUUCUAAAUAAUCUCUGAGCUUUGGCCUGUUACACUCACUUAAGAUUUGAAUAUAGUGCCAUGGUAAUAGAUGCCCUUUACGUGAUGUAUGCUGUACAUAUAUAUAUUGUACUUAUAUAGAGCUUGACCUUUGUCCUUUUCAAUAUGUACUGUCGACUGAGCCGUCCCUCUUCUCAGUAUUAUUCACAUACUCCUGUAGUACUGCAGUACUUUGCAGUAUUAUGAUGUCCAAGUUGUGUUACCCCUUUGGAAAGAUAUUUCCGUAUAUGUGCUCUGGCAACUUUUUUGCGCUAUUAAAAUAUGGCUAUAGACCCUCUCUCCUACACGAGCCUUUCGAUUGCA